AUGCGGCGGGCACGGUACUUGGAUCCGUGGCCACUGCGGGCAGCGGCAUAUGUUGGAUGCCAAGCUUUGGUCAUAGCAGUCUUUCUCCUUUCAGAUCAACAGCUGCUCUCUGCCCAGCACAUCUGGCGUGCUAUUGGUGACUCUGCUGGCCAUGCCACACUGGCGGGGUUGGUGUGGCUCUCUACUCUGGUGAGUCCACUCAGUUUGCUGCCUAUGGCUCCAAAGACCCUUUACUUGCUGGAGAUCAUCAUCUCCAUGGUCCUUGGAAGCUGUAUCGACCUGGACCACUUUCUCCUGGCCAGGUCUUUGUCCUUAGAGGACGCUACACACCUAACUCAACGGCCAUGGGGACAUAACUUCUUGGCCUGCGUGCUGGUGUCUUUGGGUGGUCUAUCUCAGCACUGGUCGCCCUCGACUUGCGCUGGUGAGUUUCUCCGCCUAUGUGACGCACCUCCUCCGCGAUGCCGUGCGGAGGGGCGUGAGCCUGUGGCCAUCGCGCGUGAGUUGUGGAACCAGUUGCCAGGUGGAAUGGUUCACAACGCCGGCCUUUCCACAUGGACUGGUGUUUGCCCUCUACUUCGCCCUGCCCUUGUUUUUUGCCUGGCUGCUGUCGCGGCGGUCCAGCAUGUCGACCGGGCGGAAGGUGGAAGCAGACGAGAUCCCAGUGUGAUCUUCGACCCCAACUACUUUGUGCAGCGUGGCCCCUCCUGCGCCCUGUCAAGUGGCGCCCCAGUGCUUUUCCCUGGUGGAGCCGAACAGCUUCAACUGCCCACACAAAGGUGGAUUUCUGCGUUGGCCUCCAGAGAUUUGAGGAGCUUGCAGGGUGUCUUGGGAGGUCCCGAUUUCUCACAGAUGAUGAGAAACUUGCCCGAGUCCUUGACCGCCGCACACUUCGACAUCCUCUCAGCCAUCGACGCUGAGAGCUGUUCCAAGACCUAUUCCGUCCAAGUCGGCAACAUGGACGUGAGGAGCGAGGCCUUGGCCUUGGAAUCGGCCAGCUGGACCUGUGGAGCUAUGCUGCGACAGGUGAGUGAUGAGCUCAGAGAGGCAGGCUGUGAAGUGGGCGAUUUGCUUUGCCGGAUUGGUGAUCGAGAUGUUCGAAGGGAGAAGUUCGAGACGAUCCAAGAGCUAUUGAGCGCAGCGAGCGCAGCGCCUGACCUCGAGUUGACCUUUGCCAAGGUUCGCGUGGAGCAGAUCUACUUGCGAGAAGUCUUGGCCUCCCAGGACUCCUUAAGGCCAUUUUUAGGUGAGGAGUCGAGAGGGGUGACGGUGGAGGCCUCGGAGCUGGUCGCCCAACUGGGCCAGCAGUUGGGAUCUGACACACUCUUCGUCUCCGAGCGUGUGCCGAUGCUUUUCGCCGGGGAUGGUGGCACUGGGUCGCACCUCCACAUUGACCGAAAGCCCCUGCUGCAGUUUUGCCAUGUCCUUCAUGGCCGGAAAUUCUUCACCGUGGCUCCCAACGGUGGUCGGCCCCCAGGCGCUGUGGUGCCAUGGCGCUGUGCGUCUCCUGAAGUUCAACUGUCGACCUCCACGUCCGGUGUCGAGGUGGAGGAGUACCUGGUGCAGCCAGAGGUCUCGGUGGCGGUGCUGAGACCGGGAGACGCUGGGGCCACAAGACGAAUGGCCCAUGUCGUACCCGGGUCUUCCCGGAUCUCGAAGUGGGACUAA